GGGAUACUAUGGUUGUCGUAUUCACGAAACGCUAGAAAAUUUAGUAAUAAUCAAACGAGCGCAGAAGUGGUAAAAUUGUAGGCUUGAUUCCCAUUUUUCACGCUAUUGUCGUCCAAGAAAAGUAAAUGCAUUUCCGUAGACAGUAAAAUCGUUUUCAAAAAAUAGCCUUGUAAUAGAUCAAAUGGUGUUCAGUCCGGCUGAUUUCUUAGCAAUAUUUUUUAGCGUUUUGCAAACAAAUAAUAAUUAUCAUUUGGGUUCCAGUAGGUUGUGGUAAUUCUUCAGUGAAGCAACAAGUUUUCGCAAUAGAGAAAUUUUUAACAAAAUUUGCAAGGUCGGGCGGUUUUUUCGUAAAAAGUAAGCAGAAAUGGUUAUUGAUAGACAAAAAAGGAAACUUGUGGAUAGUGCAAACAAUUCAAACCACAGCAGUGUUUGAUAAAUAUUCAGUGCUAUGCGUUUAAAAAGAGGAGUAGCCUAAGGCUUUCAUCGCUUGCAAACAAAAAUCGUCAUUAAAGAAACCCAGUCAAAAGCGUAUCAGCGCCGCUACUGAUUUUCUGGCAAUCAAUCGCCUGAACGUGUUCGACUCAGUACCAUCACAUUUUAAUCCCCACUUGUUUCUUUACCGUGGGCCAAAAAGUGUCGACUUUUGUUUUUUCUAUAGAUUCUGAGUCUUUUUGUUAAUUAGUAUGAAUGGGAAGGAGUGGUUUGCUCUUUUAUUUUUUUUUAUAGCCUAUUUGUUAUUUGGUGGUGUUGUCUUCAUGCUGAUCGAAUCUCCCGAUGAAGAAGUUCGUUUGCAGGAAUUGAAUAGCCUUAAAAAUAUGAUACAAGAUAAGUUAAUUGCGUGCGAAGGAAAUGUGAUAAAUCCAGUUGAUCUCGCCGGGCGUGCAGAGAUGUGGGCGCAUAUUGCCGAACAAAUUAAUCAACCAGGUCUAAUCCACAAUGGCUCAAUACCAUCCAAGAAGUGGACACUUUACAACAGUUUCUUCGUGGCCGUCACCGUUGCAUCAACCAUUGGGUAUGGCCAUUUGGCACCAUCAACGCCUACCGGUAGGGUGUUUUGCAUCUUCUUUGCUCUCGUAGGCAUCCCUCUCAACGGAAUAUUGUUUGCUACACUAGGAAACUAUUUUGGUUCCAAGCGUGUGAAGCGGCCAAAUAAGAGAAAGCGGGGAUGCUUUGCCACUUUUGUUGUCGUCACAGCGGAAAUUCUGUUAUAUUCCAUACCCGGCCUUAUUGUUUUUCUGGUGAUUCCGGCUGGACUUUUUACAAUUGUUGAAGGAUGGGAUUACGUCGAUUCAUUUUACUAUGCGUUUGUUAGCUUAACCACGAUUGGAUUCGGUGACCUUGUCGCAGGGCAACAUGAUAUUGGCCAGUGGACAUGGGUCUACCGUUCUUUCAUUAUUAUUUGGAUACUGUUUGGACUUGGGUAUCUUAUUAUGGUCAUCAACAUCAUCACCAAAGGUUUACGUUCGAAUCCUGUUGUAGCGCCUGUUAUAGCACUUGAAAAAAGGAUGGCAGCUCGCAUCCGUGCCACUCGGCAUCUACUAGCCAAAGACGGCGUCGCCUUACGCCAGCUCGUCCAUGACAUCAGAGCGAUGAAAAUUAAGCCAGUUUCUAGGCCGGCGAGGAUGGAAUUGCUCCGUACCUUUAGCCAACCAUCUUUACGUUACGAUGAGACUCACACUGAGAAAGAUCCGGAAAAACUUAACGAAGCUACAGGAAGGGACAAUUUUAAUAAUACCAUGAUUCAUUACGUUGAUCGAGGGAUUGCAUGCAAUAAUGGCUCUUUCCGCAAACCUAUGGAAAGAAUGGAAUCGAACGAGGACCCCCUGCAAUUGCUGACUCGCUUAGCCACUGUUUUGUGUGACGUCAAUCAAGAAGAUGAUCUAUCUAUUCCUGAAACGUCAAUAUCUGAAGUCGAACAUUCUCAAGAGAAUAGAGACAUUCGCAAGGAAUCCGCAUUUGAUCGUAUUCGACGAUCGUUGCGGCUUUCUAGGAAUCGUAGUGGCGAAGAGCCGCCUUGUUCGCCAUUUUCUUCAAAAGUACAAGGAGGGUUUCAAACGGGAAAUGUGAACCGUAUUUUUACAGAUAGACGCGUCCGACAUGUAAGCGAAAGUCACAGUCAAACUAUUGCGGAUUGCAGUGGCUCUAUGAAAAGCCAUCGGCAAUUGAUACUUGAACAAGAAACAAAACCGUCGAGUGAAUUUAAGCGUAGUCGCAGCGAAAAAUUUGCGCCUAACAAAAACGCAUCUGUUUCGUCAUUAGGCAUCACUCCGUCUUCGGAUUGGUUACAUCAGCUAAAAAAGGAUCUGCCAGCUGGAGCAAUCCGCAACACCGAUAACACCGCCAGAACGGAAUCUUCAACGGCUGCUGCUGUUAAACUUUGCGAUAUGCUAGACCGUGUUCAAAUCUCAAGACAGAGCAAUAGAGCCUCACCAAAAAAUUGAUUGGCAAUACCAACAUAAUGCAUUUAGACGGGAAAAAACGAUGGUUGAUAAGAUGAAUAUGACGUGUAAAUAAUGUUGAUACGUCAAGCAAAAUGUCAAUACGCCGUGAUGGAUUGUUACAUAAAGUGUGAUAACCGCGUUUGACUGUAGCGACUAAUUCUACCAAAAUGUAAUAACAGCAGAUCUAGUAUGGUAUGGUUCUUGCCAUGAUUUAGUUAUAUUUUGUCGACCUCUUGAUGAUAACAAGUCUAAAACCUCUCGUUUGACGUCAAGAACUAAAUGAUAAAUAAAGCCUUGACUUUCAGAUAACAAUGAAAAUCUGUGUUCACCUUGCAGCUAAAUCAACAAUACAAUGUUCCCGGUUU